AUGCCAGAGCCAGAUUUUCGAUCGGCGCGACACGCCAAGUUCUACAGAGAUAUUCUCUAUGGCAGAGAAUCGGUCAACGAUGUCUACGGCUUCAAACGAUUCCUUGAGGGACUUUUCACUCAAGAAGACCCCGUUGGAGUAGUUGAGAAGCUCAUCGCAAGUCCCAAUGCUCUGGCGGCCAUUCGGAACGGUUUGCGACUUGACAUCACUCCGGUCUUCAUCAACAAGUACACUGCAAGGUUCGUUCGUUACUUGAACGAUCCGAAGGUCAAACUGCUUUGCAAUGGCCAGUUUCUGGAGCAGCUUCUGGUGAUUAUCGUUGAACCCCGAACCGUGUGGGCAGGACUUUUGAAAGCCUUCUUCUGUCACGAACUGGACCAGGACGCUAUGCACGCCCUGGCUUGGCUGACAACGGAGCUUCUAGCAUUGCCUAAGUCUUCUGGAGUAGACAUCAGAGACGAUGCCCACAAAUUUGCACACGAUAGCUUGAUUUUGAAUUCAUCAUCGAUGGAUUUGCAGAACUUUGGGCAUAGAAUCAAGUUCCUUCUGCAGAUGAAGUCGUCAGACGCAACAAUUUUUCAGCAUGGAGGUACUGCUGGGGGACGGCAUGACAACGAUUUUCUUGAUUUUCGCCAGAUUACCGUUCUUCCGACCGCGGGUGAGUUCUUGUGCACUGAGAAACCCUUCUAUCGUCGCGCCGAGGAGAUCUUGGAACUGAAGGGCGAUGAGCGUGUUGCGGCGCACCUCGACAAUCAAUUUCGUCUCCUGCGAGAGGACAUGUUGUCCGAACUUCGCGACGAUGUCCAGGUUGCGCAGGGAAAGAAAAAGGGUCGUCGGUCGAAACUCCGCUUGGGAAGUCUUUCUUUGCAUUCUAUCUACUGCCGGCCUACUGGGCAAAGACGUUUCAGCCCCUUUUCCAUUGGAGUUGGCUGGAAAUCAGGCCUGGAGAGCUUUCAAAAGAUGAAAUCAGACGAUCGUAAAGUUCAUAUGAAGAACAACUCGCAGAUUCUCAAGCACAAGGCUCUGGGAUGUCUGCUUCGCGGGGACGAGAUUAUCGCAUUUGCAUCCAUCGAUAGAGAUAUCGAAACACUUGCUCUUCCAGCCCCAGUCCUCAGGUUACAUGUGAUGGGAGAACAGGCGUUAAAAAAAUGUUUGUUAUACUUAAAGAUCUACAAAGAUGUGGACUUUCUGCUUGUCGAAGCACCCAUCUUCGCCUAUGCGCCCAUUUUGAAGCGACUCCAGGGGAUGGUGGGCCUUCCCCUCAAGAGGGAAUUGUUUCUCUACGAGAAGGAGGAUCCCAUCGCAGGCUCGGGACUAGUGCCUCUGGAUUUCGUCCAGAGCCUGGAGACCAUGGCCAAUAGAGAUAUUUCAAGCCUUCUGCGAACGGCAAGCCCGGUGCGUCUUGACCAGUCGCAGCUCCGUUCUUUACUGGCAGGUCUCACCCAGAAUGUCAGCCUUAUACAGGGCCCUCCAGGUACUGGGAAGUCGUUCAUCGGCGCACUUCUUACUAAAGUCUUUCAUGACCAGACACAGGACACGAUACUCGUGAUGUGCUAUACCAACCAUGCCUUGGAUCAGUUCCUGGAAGACCUUCUGGACAUUGGAAUUGAUGCCUCUUCCAUUGUUCGACUAGGCUCCAAGUCAACGCAGCGUACACGUCCGCUAGCCAUAUCGGAACAAAGGUCUAACUUCAAGAGAUCUCGCACUUCAUGGGAUGUCAUUCGCAGGCUAGAGAACAUCGCAAUGGACAAGGAAUCUGAAUUGGUAGAGUCUUUGAUGAACUACAAGCGAACAGGGUCGGAUGUCUUGUCGAUCUUGGAGUACCUUGAGUUUGAGGAUGUUGAUGCCUUCGAGGCUCUCAGCCUACCUGAUGAUAGUUCAGGUAUGGAAAUGGUCGGUAAGCAAGGCAAGACUCUCAAGGAUGAUUACCUCUAUGCCCGAUGGGUCCGAGGUGAAGAUGCUGGGGUUUUCCAAGAGUCUCUACCCUCCAGCUGCGCCGCUGUAUGGAAACUUAGCAAGAACCAAAGACUGGAAAAACACAACACGUGGAUCAGAGCCUUACUGGAAGAGCAUGCGGAGUCUUUGGGUGCACACGCGUCUCAAUUCAACAGAGCCCAAAAUCAGCUAGACAUUGUCUGGGGUGAGAGUAACAGAGAAAUCCUGAAAGCAAAACGGAUUAUCGGCUGUACAACAACUGGUGCGGCCAUGUAUUUCGAGGAUAUCGGUCAGACUGCCCCAGGUCUGGUUCUCCUUGAAGAAGCGGGAGAAAUACUGGAGCCUCAUGUGCUAGCCGCCUUAACCCAAGAAACGAAGCAGCUGGUCCUUAUCGGAGACCAUCUUCAACUUCGACCGAAGGUUAAUAGCUACAACCUGACGACAGAGAAAGGCGACGGUUAUGAUCUCAAUAUUUCUCUCUUCGAACGAUUGAUUCAUGUUGGAUAUCCACAUACUACGUUGUCGAAGCAACAUCGCAUGUGUCCUGAGAUCUCGACUCUGGUACGCGGCCUCAUGUAUCCUUGCUUGGAGGAUGAUGAAAAGGCGACGGGUCGCGCAACCCCACGGGGUCUGCAGGAUCGAGUGAUUUUCAUUCAACACAACCACCCGGAGGUGAACUUUGCCGAAAUCUCUGAUAAACGGGAUGAAGGAUCCAAGCAAAGCAAACGCAAUAUCUUUGAGGCUGAGCUUGUACUGAAGAUUGUGAAGUAUCUAGGGCAGCAGGGUUAUGGAACCGACAGACUGGUUGUGUUGACUCCAUACUUGGGACAAGUGCAUCUCCUCCGAGAUGAGCUCAGCAAGCAGAAUGACCCAGUUCUAAACGAUCUGGAUUCAUACGACCUUGUACGCGCAGGGCUUGUAUCGCAGGCGAAUGCACGUCACUCACAACGCCCAAUCAAGCUAUCCACAAUUGACAACUACCAGGGCGAGGAGAGCGAGGUUGUUAUCGCAUCGCUUACUAGAAGCAACAGGCAAGGGGAUAUUGGAUUCAUGGCAGCUCCCGAACGUUUGAACGUCCUCCUUUCUCGUGCCCGUGAUAUCCUGAUCAUCGUUGGAAAUUUAGAGACGUUCCUCUCCAGUCGAAAGGGCCACCAAUGUUGGAGCCCACUUUUCGACCAACUGAAGUCAAACGGGCACAUCUACGACGGAUUGCCAGUCCGAUGUGAGCAGCAUCCGCAGGUGACCAGGGUGAUUGGAACCCCAUUGGGUUUUGACCAGGAAUGUCCGGAUGGGGGGUGUGCCGCACCUUGCGGGGUUAAAUUGAAGUGUGGAAUGCAUGAGUGCCCGUUUAAAUGCCAUCAACUCUCAGAUCAUUCACAAAUGGAAUGCCGAAAGCAUGUAGCAUCACGGUGCUCCCGUGGACACCUUCGUACCAUGCCAUGCUAUCAGAUCAGCACCGCCUGUCGAUCCUGUCUCAAAGAGGACCAAGCACAGCAGCGACGACACGAGCGAGACGCCAGAUUGGAUUUCGAGCGCCAGAGGAAGCAGACAGAAUAUGCGCUGAAACUUGCAGAGGCGCAAGCUGAAAUUGCUUAUCUGAGAAACGCCCAGAAGAAUGCCUUUGAGGAUGUAGAGCGUCAGAAAGUCCUCCACCAAUGUCAGCAGGAGAUCGAAGAUUUAAAAAGCAUUUCCAAUUUUAGAGCUGUGGCAAACGCCACCGUGACAGCUACCAACGUGAGUGGGCUUUUGUCGCCAGCAGAUACCGUGAGUGUACCGGAUAAGAUUGGACAAAAAUACCAGGAAGGCGUGAAAUUCCAGAUCACGCAGGGGGAGCCCGAGGAAUCCGAGACCGCUUCACCCUCCAAGGAUGAUUGGGAAUAUCAGAAGCAAUUUCUCAACGCCCAAAGCGAUGAGAUUGACAGCCUUAUGGAACUGAUUGGCCUUGAGUCUGUCAAGAAGAAAUUCCUGGCGAUUAAGGCAAAGGUGGAUAUAUCCAUUUCACAGAAUGUCACACUGGAUACUGAACGCUUCGGAACUGUGUUUAUGGGGAAUCCUGGCACAGGAAAAACGACGGUUGCACGACUAUAUGCCAAGUUCGUAGCAUCUGUCGGUGUUAUUCCAGGAAGCGAGCUCUUUGAGACCAACGGCUCGGAAUUGGCCAAUGGCGGAGUUACCGCCUGCCGGAAAGCCCUUGAUAAGUUACUGGAAAAGGGCGGAGGGGCCUUCUUCAUUGACGAGGCAUACCAACUAACCCAAGGAAAUUUUGGAGGUACACAAGUCCUUGACUUCCUCCUAGCUGAAAUUGAGAACCUUACCGGCAAGAUCGUCUUCAUCCUAGCGGGAUACCAGAGGCCCAUGGAAAAGUUCUUCGGCCAUAACCCGGGCCUGAAAAGCCGCUUUCCGCAUGAGCUAGAAUUCAAUGAUUACACGGAUGGUGAAUUGCUAGAGAUUCUCGGACGGGGAAUUCAGAAAAAGUGGCGACAGCAGAUGAAAGUGGAGGACGGGCUUGGCGGACUGUACUGUCGCAUUGCGGCUCGUCGAAUUGGGAGCGGCCGGGAGACAGAAAGCUUCGGGAAUGCCAGAGCCGUGGAAAAUGCAAUCUCAAAAUUCGCCGACCGCCAAUCUGCCAGGGUGAAAAGAGAGAAACGGCAGUCUGGCAUGAAGGUCGAUACCUUCCUCUUGACAAAAGAGGACAUCAUUGGGCCGGAACCGUCGCGAGCCGUGGAACACUCGAACGCAUGGAGAAUGUUGAACGAGAUGAUUGGGUUGGAUACUGUGAAAGACUCUGUGAAAGCUCUGUUGGGCACUAUUCACUGGAACUACGAGCGUGAGCUGCUUGAGCAAUCCCCAGUGGAGUACAGCCUGAACAAGGUGUUAUUGGGAUCCCCUGGUACUGGGAAAACCACCGUGGCAAAACUAUAUGGUCAAAUUCUCGUGGAUAUCGGGAUGUUAUCUAAAGGGGACGUCGUGGUGAAGAAUCCCUCGGACUUCGUCGGGAGUGCCGUUGGCGAGUCGGAGAAGAACACUAAGAGUAUACUUGCCGCAACUGUUGGAAAAGUUCUGGUUAUCGAUGAAGCCUAUGGUCUUUUUAGUGGUGGAACUUCCGAUGGAACCGGCACCGGAAGCGACAUGUUCAGAUCUACGGUUGUCGACACCAUUGUGGCAGAAGUACAAAGUACCCCUGGAGAAGAUCGAUGCGUUCUGCUUCUUGGUUACCAUGAUCAAAUGCGUCAAAUGUUUCAGCACGUCAAUCCUGGUCUGAGUCGACGGUUCCCCAUGGAACAAGCGUUUGUAUUUGAGGAUUUCACGAAGGAGCAGAUGGAUAAAAUUCUCAGUUUGAAGCUCAAGACCCAAGACCUUGGUAUCACUGAUAUCGGGCGGCGAGUGGCCCUGGAGAUGGUUGAGCGGGCCCGAAAUCGAUUGAAUUUUGGCAAUGCGGGUGAGAUCGACAUCAUCCUUAAUUCAGCAAAAAUGCGUCUUCAGAAACGGAUCGCUUCUACCACAGGUGGUAGCUCCGCGCUUCCAAUUCUAGAUGCCACGGAUUUCGAUGAAAAUUUCGACCGUGCGGAUAAAGAUGAGCCAAAUUUGCGACAGGUGUUUGAGGGCGUCGUGGGAUGUGACGAAUGCAUUUCAAAGCUGGAAGGCUACCAGCGACUGGUCAAGCGUCUAAGAAACCUGAACGUGGAUCCUCGCGAUGAAGUGCCAUUCAACUUUCUCUUUCGUGGCCCCCCAGGUACAGGCAAGACAAGCACCGCCAGGAAGAUGGGACAGAUCUACUAUGACAUGGGCCUAUUAUCCUCGGCAGAAGUGGUAGAAUCCUCAGCAACGGACUUGGUCGGCCAAUAUGUCGGGCAAACAGGCCCAAAGACGCAAAAAUUGCUCGAAAGUGCCCUGGGAAAGGUUUUGUUUAUUGACGAGGCAUACCGGCUUGCCGACGGAAGAUUUGGCCAAGAAGCAAUGGAUGAGCUGGUUGACAGUAUCACGAAAACAGCCUUUUUCCACAAAAUGAUCAUCAUCCUUGCGGGCUACGACAAGCACCUGAACGAACUCAUGGCAACCAACCCAGGUCUUACGAGUCGCUUCCCAGAGGUUCUGCAAUUCUACGCGCUGUCUUCGGGGUCAUGUGCCCGGCUCCUCACCACACUCUUGUCGAGCCGAAAGAAGAGCCUUCAAGAAAAAGGAAAAGUUGAGUUCGAUAUGAGUGCCCUUGAACAACCCAUUACGAAAUUGGUUGUAGCCAUGGAAGCCCGGUUUGAAGCUCUUUCUCACACCGCCGGAUGGGCAAAUGCGCGAGAUGUCGAGACCGUGGCAAGGACAAUUUUCAAGAAGGCUCUUCAGACUGGUGAAAGUGCGACAAUCUCAGUGAGCGAGAACCAAGUGCUGGAUGCUCUUGAUGAUUUACUCAGCGAUCGCACGUCCCGAGGAAGAAUGCCUGCGCAACUGCCACUUCGACAGAGUAUGGCACCAGAGGAAGAAACUCUCGAACCCCUAUACCAGCCCCCUACCAUCAUAUGUGCAGAUUCCAUAUCAAUAGAGCACGGUCCCGACGAAGAGCAUACGCCGAUUCCAGAUCCGAAUGCUCAGGUGUAUUCCUCUGCCGACACACGGGACGCCGAUGUUGAUGAUGAGGUCUGGCAGCAACUUCAGCAAGACAAAGCGACCGCCCUUGCACUCGAGCAAGAAUACUCAGAACUGCAGAAAGUCGAAGCGACGCAAAGACAGCAUGUCCAAACGUUCACUGAACAAGCACUCGCGGCCCCGGCGAAUCUCGACGACAAUACUAAAAGGCUCCAUGAACAAGCUCGGCUACGGCGGGACGCUGAGCUUAGAGAGCAGGAGGCAAUUCUUGAGAAAUUGGUAAAAGAGAAAGCUGCUAGAGAGGAGAAGCGGCGCCAGGAGGAAAGAAAGCAGCAGAAGCUGAGGGAAAUGAGGGUUUGUCCCGUCGGUUACCGAUGGAUCAAAUCAAAGAAAGGGUACCGGUGUGCUGGUGGUAGCCAUUUUGUUUCUGAUGCGCAACUGGCAUAG